AUGGGAGACUUCAUGGUGGGCGACAAGAGAUAUGUUGUCCCCACUUUCUGGCAACGACAGAACUUCUCGCUGCUCCCGAGCGGGAGCCCCGGCACCAGAGCUCGAGGCAAUGACGAGCCGAUGAGCCAAGAGCUCUACGAUCGGAUCCAGCCAGCAGUAAAACUUGCGACAUUGCUUCUUCAACUAGCCGAGGAUCUGUUUACCAGGAUCCUGUUUGCAGAGAUUGUCGGCUUGGACAAGAAGCGCCCCAAUAGCUUCCCGUAUUUCGGUCUGGACCCACACUACACCAUCACAGACACCGAUCGCCAGAGAUAUAGGCAAAUCAUGACGGGCGCCCACCCAAGGUUGCGGUUUUUCCUGGCAAAUUUCGACAUCAGGCCAGUCGGCAAGACAUGGGGCGACACAUUAGCCAUUGGCUCGCUGAACAAGCUUCAGAUCGAUGUUCGCAUCAGCAAAUGUUACUAUGACUUUUUUGCACACCCAAGAUACGCCGACUUGCUUCCGGGGCUCAAAGCUCGCAACCUCCUAGAGCUGGCAACUACCCUGUUGCACGAGCUUGGUCACGCAGUAUAUGAUUUGCGUCGAUGUCAUGAUGUGGACGGUGCACCGAGGAUUUUCCAGGGGCAGAAGCCAGGUCGGAUACUGCGCGAGCCGUGUUACCACCCAUCUCAUACAUUCACAUAUCUCGACCGUCGCGAACUGGAAAGAGCAGUGGAGUUUUCGCUCUUUGGGGGCGCAUUACAAACUCUGAUAACUCCCGAGCCGGCAUUCACUGAUCAGUGGGCGACCGUCCCGGGGUUCGUUUAUACCAUGGGGAUGGUCUGCCUCUAUAUUCGACCGAUGCUGAUGGAUGAAAUUCAGCGAGGCCUGCAGCUAAAGGCUCUAGACCAAGCCGUGAUCGAGGCCGCUUUGGAUAUGAACACAUGGGCAAUACUCCUCCGACAAAUUGAGCCUGAAGAGGUCAAGCAUGCCGCCAUGUUGGGAGGUGUCAUCGAUAUCAUGGGCCGCAUAGAUCGCCUGAUGUCCACCGGCGUACUGUCAACACCAUUCGUGAAGGUGUACGACCGGGAUGAUCUCGCCGAUACAGACGACGAUUUCGUGAGAGCUCAGAAGUUGAUGGCCCUGCAAAACCCUCAUACGACCUGGAUGGCGUUUUUGAGAAUGUCGCCGCUACAAGAGCGAGAUCGGCGGCAUGAUUCAGAAGGGAAGGAGGAAAAGGUGUUGUAUGGAAUUGAACACAAAGCGGCACCCAAGAGCGGAUUGCUGCGGAGAUUCUGGGGCAAGGCUACGAUGAGCUUGUUGGCCCUGUUGGCCUGA